AUGUUUGAUCAAAAUAAGACAGCUGGUUUGUUACUUUUAUUUUUAGGAGUAGUUUUUGGAUGCAUUGGAGUAUUUUUAUUUUUCGAUAAGUUUUUUUUGUUUAUGUCUAAUUUAUUAUUUUUAAUUGGUUUAUAUUUUUUAGUUGGAUUAACCAAAAUAUUCAGAUUUUUUAUGAAUAGAAAAAAAACAGCAGGAAGUGUUUGUUUUAUAAUAGGCUUUCUCUUAAUAUUAUUUAAUAGAACAUUUAUUGGCUUCUUAUUUCAAUCAUAUGGAUUGUAUAGAUUAUUCUUUUCAUUCUUACCAAAUAUAUUAAAUUUUAUUAAAUAUUCUCCUUUUAGUUUUAUAUUAGAUUUGCCGGGAAUUAAGCAGGUCGCCGAAUAUAUAUCUAACUAUAAAAAAUUACCAAUAUGA